UAUUGACCAACCCUAGUUGCCAUUCCCACCUACACACGACGUCGUACCUAUUUAAUCUAGCUACAUCUUCCUCCUCUAUAAAUACCCUUAACUUAAACCACAUUUUCCAACACACACAUAACAAAGUCAAUUGAUCGUGAUAUAUUGUCGUCAUAGAGUUCUUGAUCCAAUGUCUCACAUCGCUGUCGAGAGAAACCGCCGCAAGCAGAUGAACGACCACCUCAAAGUCCUACGUUCCUUAACCCCGUGUUUCUACAUCAAACGGGGUGACCAAGCCUCGAUUAUUGGUGGAGUGAUCGAGUUCAUUAAGGAGCUGCAUCAAGUGGUGCAGUCGUUGGAGACGAAGAAGAGGAGGAAGAGCCUGAGCCCUAGCCCGGGCCCCAGCCCUAGGCAGUUCAGGCUCAGUCCUCCUCAGCCGGAAACACCCUUUUUUGGGGAUUUCAAGGAGUUGGGAGCUUGCUGCAACUCCCCGGUUGCUGACGUGGAGGCGAAGAUCUCGGGAUCCAACGUGAUUCUAAGAACUCUAUCGAAACGAAUCCCGGGGCAGAUCGUGAGGGUCGUUGGUGUCUUGGAGAGGCUUUCCUUUGAGAUUCUUCACUUGAACAUUAGUACCAUGGAAGAUACCGUUCUUUACUCCUUUGUGGUCAAGAUAGGGUUGGAGUGCCAAGUGAGUGUGGAGGAGCUAGCAUUUGAAGUUCAGCAAAGUUUCUGCUCUCAACAAGUCUACAUUAGGGAACAUGCACAAAUUUUGUCAUGAAAAAUUAACUAAUUAAACUUCUAUGUAGUCAUCAAUGUAACCCUAAACCCUAAAACUUGAACCCUAUAUAUAUAUAUAUUGAGUUUGUAUGUGUGUGUUAACUAGGUUUCUAUAUAUGUAUGAAGGGAAAGAAAGUGAGAAUAUUCACUACAUGUGUUGUUACUAUCUAAAUGUAGUACAGUUUUGGGGUUACACGAGAUGGAUUCUUGUGCAUCUUCCUCAUUUUUAUUAGUACUAUAUACUAGUAUUAAAUUGUGGUAUUUAUUACGUUAUUUCAUUCCUUUUCAAGAAUUAUAAAGAUCAUUGAAUUAGAAUUAGCUAGUUUAUUAUGGAGCUUAAACGAGCGUUCUUAAGGUUAUAUAACUAAUAAGUUUUCUAAAAAAGUCAGUAUAAAAUUAUAAAUCAAAUAUCGAAUUAACAUUGUAUUUAUUUAUUUUUGAGUUAGCCCACGUCUUUACAUUAACUGGUCUUACUAAUUAAACAAAUUUGAGUAACCUUAAUUGAGUUUUAAAUAGAAUAAUAUGAAAAUUACAUCCACAAUCAAAUAUUUACAAAGUUUAUAUCACUACCAACUGAUAUAUUACGACUUCAAUAUGAAGAACAGUAUAUAGCGACUUUAAUUCUUGGUAUUCUAUCAAAAUUGAAGAGAGGAUAAGGCCCAGUUUAAAAUAUUGGGCUUCUCAUACUAAAAAAUAAAUAUGGCCCAUUUUAAUUAUUUUUCAACUAAUUGUCUGAACCUGGGCUUCAGAAAAUACCAAGCCCAUACUUUUAAGUUGAAAAUUAAUUUGCCAAUUCGAGACAACAAGAAACACAACUCUUAUAAAAAAAGCAAGGAACUUUUGUUUAUGAAAAUUGUACUCUACUAAUUUUUUAAUUUUAUUAUGGCCCACAAUAUGCAAUAUCCAUACAUAUAAAAAUAUAUAUUCAAAUGAUAUUUUACAAUAACUUUCACAAUGAUGCAUAUCUUAUUUACUUAGAAUAUUGCACAUCAAUAUGAUUGCUGUGUCACAUGAAAUAGCAAUGAAUUGUACUAUGCAUCUUUGUCAAUGUCCAUCACAUUCACAUGCAAGACUAUUAUUUAUAUUUUCUUCAAAUCUCUGUGUGGAAACAGUUCAAAAUCCCCUUUCUAAAUAUAAAAAAUAUAUCUUUUCUCUCAUAUUUUCGUGUGUGAAAUAAUUGUGUCUACUUAUGGAUAAGGAGUGAUUGACCUCUGCUACUAUUUCUCAAUUUUGUCAUUCAUUAUUUAGAGAUAGCAAAUGACAAAAUGAUUUAUUUGAUAUACCGAAUAUAAUUCAAAAUGAGAAAUCAUAGUGUAAUAAUAGAGUGCAUGUGAUAUGUCCUUUUUUAAAAAACAUAUAUUGCACUCACAUUUUUGUUAGAAAAUAUUAUCGAGUGAUGAGUACAGGUGAUGUAAUUUGAAUAUUGAGUAUAUAUUAUGGUCAAACAAAUGGGACAAAACAAUUUUUUAUGGAGUAAGUUAAUUUAUUUCCACAAUCAAUCAAAGUCUAAAUUAUUUGAAUCAAAUUCAAUAAUUGCUUGAAUUGAUGCUAGUUUGUGGUUGGACUAAUUGUUAAUGUUUAUACAGUAAAAUGCAAUUGAGAGUAUAUUAUUAAUUAGUUAGUCAAGCACGUAUCUAUCUAAAUAAUUGUUUAUAUAUAAUGUGAGAAUGGUUUGAUGAAUGUCUUUGUCAAAACCUAAUCUCAUUAGAUUUUAAUUCUCAACAAAGAACAGGAAAAUCUCUGUUACAUUUGUGAGAGAGGUGUCAAAUCCUUCAUUUCGCUUUAACAUAGUACUCCUACAUACAUAUAUCACUAUGAGCAGUGAAAUGAGAUGCAAAAAUCUAUAGUCAACUUUAGCCGGAGCUGAUUUAUUUAAUGUUUGGGUUUUUGUAAUUACGAUCCAACUAAAUUAAAUAUUUUCAAUACCGAAUCCGAUAGUUCGGCUCGAAACCGAUCUGUUCAGUACGUCCGGUUCCAGGCCGAACCAUAACCGGAAUCAAAAGCUAGGCAAUUCAGAUCCAGGUCCAAAAUGGAAUCGUAUUGAAAAACCGGAUCAUUUUAUACAUUAAUCACGAAGGUUUUAAAUAAUUAAAAACGAACCUUUUUGGAACCUUUAUGAGCCGAUUCCAACUCCACCAUUCGUUGAACCGGAAACGACAGUUUCGAAUCCGGCCGCAACACUUAGGAGUGUGCUGCACUGCACCUAUAAUCACAUAAAAUAAGAUAUUGAGAUCUUAUUUACUGAUCUAAAAAGAUUUUUGGGCCCAAGCUCUUCA